AUGUCUAUUAAAUACGAAGCUCCAGGUCUUAGUUGGCAAGGAUUCUGGGCUAUUUGCAAUCAAUUAUUUCCUAGCAAACCUCAAUAUACUGAAAAAGAUUAUCCUAAUUUGGAUGGCAAAGUAGUGAUUGUAACCGGUGCCAGUGGAGGGGUUGGAUAUGAAGUUACCAAAUCAUUAUUAGGUUCAACCAAUGCUAAGGUUUAUAUGUUUACUAGAAAUAAAGAGAGAACAAUCGAAGCUAUUAAACGUAUAGAGAUUGAAGUUGCCACUGAAUAUAAUAAAACCGAUCUUAAUGUUGAAACCAUUUCAAUUGAUUUAUCUGAUUUAUCCACCAUUAAACCUGCUGUUGAUGAAUUCUUAAAUAAGGAAUCAAGAAUUGAUAUUAUCAUUCAUAAUGCUGGUGUUAUGGAACCACCUGUUGGUUCUGUGUCCAAACAAGGGUUUGAAUUACAAUUGGGUACGAAUGUUCUUGGUCCUCACUUAUUACAGAAGUACUUAGAUCCAUUACUUAUCAAGACUUCCCAUACCAACAAAUCUGGUGAAACUAGAAUUGUUUGGGUUGCAUCUUCAGGUCAAUACUUCUCGCCUAUUGGUGGUGUUCACUACGAGGAUCCAAAUUUCACUAAUACUACCAAUGCAAGUCAAAUGCAAAUCUACGGUCAAAGUAAAGCCUUAAAUGUGUUACAAGCCAAAGGAUGGAACCCAGCUCAUCCAGAGUCGUCUAAUAUAGUUAGUGUAUCACUUUGUCCUGGUGCUUUAUUAACCGAAUUGAAAAAGGAUGCCACUCCAUUUCAAGCUUUCAUGUUCAGACUGUUAUUCCAUCCACCAAGAUUGGGGGCUUAUACAGAGUUGUAUGCUGCUCUUUCACCCGAUGUUAAAUCUGGUGAUCACAUCGAAUGCUUCGGUAAGAAGACAAGAGCAAGAUAUGAUUUAGAAGAACCCGAAGUAGUUACUAAAGGUUGGAACUUUUUAGAUGAAACCAUCAAACCUUAUUUGUAG